AUGGAUCCAUUAGCCUUAGUAUUGCAGCAAAGUCAGACAUUAAAUGGGACUCGGGGCCAGCGAGAGGAAUAUGUGAAUGAGGCUGAUCUCUAUCUUGAUGCUCCACAUAUCUACACAAAGAUAUUGCUAUUUUGGCAACAAAAGGAAGAGCAAUUUCCUGGUCUAUCAGCAAUGGCUCGUGAUAUACUUUGUAUUCCUGCUGCUGAGUCUGGAGUUGAGCGAGUCUUUAGUGCCGCAAGGGACGUAUGUGGCCACCGACGUGGUCAACUUAAUCCUGAGACGAUUAAGAGUAUUAUGCUUAUAUAUUACUCUCGACAAUACCAGAAUCGUCAAGGUCAUCGUGACAAGCUUGCAGAUAUGAUGGACGUCGUUGAUAUGACUGAGGAGCAAGUCGAAGAAGAGUAUGAGGCACAACGACAACGGAUGUGCAAUUCUAUCGAGUUACAAUAUAUCAGCGAUGAAGAAGAACCACAAUCAAAUACACAUAUCCGAGAGACAUAUUCAAAGGUACAAUAUCCUCCGUUUAAUCCUCAGCGGCCACAGCAACAGCAAGACUUAUCACAAGCUGCACAUGAAGAACGACAAAUGCGCUACCAACAAGGUGAAGAAAGAGAUAGGGCUGACCGUCUUAACGAGACCUUAUACGACAUCCCAGAUGACGAUAUCCCAGAUAAUGAAGAUAUAAGAGAAGAUGGUAAUAAUGAGGAGCCUAUACUUCCAACUAUUCAUGACGAUGAAGAUAAGGAUAUGCCGUCCUCGCCACCAACGCCUAUCCAACGCCCUCGGAAGACUGGAAGAGAUCUACUUGAUAUCUUUCAAGCUACUCGUCAAGACCCUAUAAAUACUUUAGAGUUGGAUUACUGGAAGAGCCUGCUACGAGACAUUCUCGGAGGGCUGGGUCAAGCGAUAGCCGCUGUAUGGCAAGCCUUAAGAAUUGAAGACUUUCUGGGUUUCAUUCUAUCCAUAUUCCUCUUUAUCUUUAAGUGGUACAUUAUUGUUUUAGCGGUUGUUAUUGGCAUCAAAAUCAUUGGGCGUGUGGGAUAUUGGGGCUUGCCUCAGCUUUGGAAGAUUUAUAGAGAGAGUCGAAGGAGGAAAUUUGAAGAACAACGGAGGAACGACGAGAUAAAGCGACAUGCGGCGCGUCUCGCUGAGCUCUGCGCGAAGCAAGCCGCAGACGCAGCAACAUUAGAAGCAGCCAAACAACAAGCUCGAAGAGAACAAGCUAUAAAAGACAAGCUACGGAGGGAGGAAGUGAUGCGGCAAACAAAACUCAAAGCAGACUAUAAGAGGUGGGAAAUGGAAUGCGACAUCGCAUUUCGGGACAAGGCCUCAAUGACCAAAUUCCCAUUCCCACCACUUCCACGGGGCACAGAUCCAAAUUGCUUGGCUUUCGCCAAACUUCCUGCGCCAGCGUGCCAACACAAUGUCAAGCAGUUCCUAAAGGGUUCCGGUGUCUUCUCAAUGAAAUUUCUCAAGCUUGAGAAAAGCCGUUGGCAUGGGAUCGCUUUGCAUCCUGCCGAGAAGAUCUGA